ACUCAUGUAGGUGACAACAUCCAAGUUUUGUGUCCAUAAGUUAAUUAAGGCAGUGUUUUCCAUGUCUUGCUGCAGGUUCAGCUCUCAGAGAUCAGAAGAUGUGUCUUACUAAGUUACAACUCAGAUACAAAAACCAUUGACUUCAGACAUUAUAAUAUUCAAGCUGCACCUAUUGGAAUAAGCCGUGGAGUGAAAAAACUGAUCCAGACUAAACUUCCCAACAUGUCACAAUUAAGUGACAUCAGUGAUUAUGUCUUAAGAGGUGGGUGUGGUUAUGGUUCAGAGAGUGAAGGUGAAGAGCCUGCUGACUCCAGAGUCACGUUACCACAGAAUGUGCCAGGAAGAGGCAAUGCUAAGGCACAACAGAGUGCAAUUAGACUUACAGAGCUUGGGCCUCGAAUGUUGCUCCAGCUUGUGAAGAUUGAAGAAGGAUUGUGUUCAGGAGAGGUUCUUUUUCAUGAAUUUGUGAAAAAGACACCUGAGGAAAUAGAAGAGAUGAAGAAACGGAAAGAAGAAGCAAGGAAGUUAAAGGAGCAGAGAAAAAAACAGCAACAAGAGAAUAUCAAAAGAAAGGAAAAAGAAAAAGCUCUGAACAAAGCUCGAAGUAUUGAAGGUCAAAGGAAAAAACAGAAGGUGGAGAAAGAUGCUGAUGAUGCAGAUGACAUAGCCAUGGAUACAGGUGACGUCAUGGACAGUGACGAUGCUGAUUGGUACAGAGAGGAGGUUGGUGAGGAACCAGACCCUGAGCUUUUCCCAAAAGUCUGUAAAAGGAAGUCCAAGGAAGAUAGGACGACGAAACUCGGAAAAAAGAGGAAGCAUUCCGAAACAGUUCAUGACACAAAAGCAACAAAAAAAUCCACCAAAGAAACAAAACAUCGAACAACCGUGCAAGAGAGAAAAAUUAAGAAAUCUGUGAAAUUCAAACCAAUCAAAAAAGGAGCUCGUGUGACGAAGGGAAAGAAUCUUAAAUCAAAGAGAAAGUUAAAGAAAUAGUCACAUGCAAUUAUUUUAGCUGAGUGAUAACAGAAUAAUCCACUGUAUAGGCAUUGUUAAUUUGUUUCGAAAUGAAUGAUAUUAUUCAUUAAAUUCAACUUUCCACAAGUAACAGGGGCACCCAACGACCGUUUUCUCUCCAAUGCUUUAAAACGCUGUUUUAGGCUAUCUGGAGUACUUUUAAAGC